GCACGCAUCAAUCUGAAACUUUUCUGCCCAAACAGAUCUUGAUGAUAGGGGCUAGACAUUCCUUCCCGUCGUUGUUAAGAUCGCAAGGAAUUUCUCCGUCGUAUUCACAGUUGUUAUAUUUGGGCAGCGGCGUCAGCAAGGGUUACGUCAUCACUUGGCGAUACGAAGCAGCCGCCCGGGCUGGAGGAACUCAGCCGCGCCUGUCAGCUACACCAACAAAUUGACAUUGCGGCGCAGCCAGCCGACGUCGCAUUCUACGCCUGUCGGGAUACCAUCAGGCCCAUCGCCUCCCGCUCUUGGAGACACGACUGUCCGCCUCAGCGACAGCAAACCCAUCGGAUCCGCGCAAUCGCGCCCACCAUAAGCAAACCGCACAUGCGACCCUAAUCCCUCCCCACAACAACCCACACGACCACCGCAACCAUGAACGGCUGGCUAGUCUUCAUCAUAAUCCUGCUCCUCCUCCUCUCCUUCUCCUACUUCGGAUGGUACUUCUACGCCCGCUGGAACGCAUCCCGCAAUGGCCUGCCACCACCCUCCAUGAACCCAAUGGUAGCCUUCAGCCGCUCCUCUGACGCUGGCGCAACCUCAAACUACCCGGGUCCUGCCCCCACCGGCAUCAAAGGCUGGUUCGACACCCAAGUGCGCAAGUUUAAGAACAGAAACAACCGGUACACAACGGGGAGCGGCUACGAAGACGCCGGCUACAGCGGAGGACGCGGCGUCGGUGGGGGCCGCGGCGCGGGAAGUCGUCUUGAUCCUGAUGAGGCGUGGAGUUCGCGCGUGGGCGACGAGGCAUACUACGAAGAGCAGGAACUUGGUCUGCAUGAACCUGCGCCUACCCACGGUGGACAGACCGCGAAUCCUUACGCCAAUCCUACGCCGUACAACAACGCCGAGCCAAGUCGCGGUCGUAGCCGCACACGCGAUUCGUACGAUGAACAUCUUGAUGCGCAGAGUGGGAGGAAUCCGUUUGGCGACGACAACGCGGCGAGUCUGAGGGGUGUGAGUCCCAGACCGGUGCUCGAUGCGGACACAAGUUAUCGAGGUGGUGCCACCGCGACUAUGCCGAGCGUGAGCAAGCAUAGGAAAGCGGGCAGUGUGGACAGUGUCGAGAAUAGCCCGACGGAGAGCCGGAGAAGUGUGUUCAGGGAAGGGUUGUAACGUGAUGGAGAGUUUGGACGAGGAUUUUUUGAUAUUAUACCUAUGUUGGACUGGACUGGUGUUUCGAACUGGGGUCUUACUCUCCGGAAUGGGCUUGAAUGAUAUUUAGUUGCAUUUCAUAAUCGGCGGGCAUUGCGUGAUGUCAGAUUGACUAACAGCACAUAGGAGACAAGCAUCUUAACAAACAUUUGACAGCAAAGACCAAAUAAAUGUUACCUCUCGCACGUCCGGGUCAAACACUGUUUAUCCAGAACUUUAUCCUAGA